AGGAAGGCAAGCAGGCAGGCAGCCCGCCAGCUCUCUGGUCGGAAUUCCCUUCUGAAGGGUGAAAUGUGAUCUCUCCCAGAGGGGCCGGAGAGGCGGGGAUUCCUUGGCGGUGCCAGAUCCCGAGAGGGAGCGAGGGAGAGAAAGAGAGAGAGAGAGAAAGAGAGCGCUCGCCUUCGUUGCUGCUGCUGCCGCCGCCGCCGCUCGCUCCGAUCCUCCCCUUGUCCCCACCAGACAGGAGCCGCGGCGGGCAAGAUGCGCAAACAACCGCCCGGCCAACAAGAGCAUCUCUACAAGCUGCUGGUGAUCGGCGACCUGGGCGUGGGCAAGACCAGCAUUAUCAAGCGCUACGUCCACCACAACUUCUCCCCGCACUACCGCGCCACCAUCGGCGUGGACUUCGCCCUCAAAGUCCUCAGCUGGGACUCGGGAACGGUGGUGCGCCUCCAGCUUUGGGAUAUCGCUGGACCGGGAUACCUUCGAGACCGCCUUCUGCCGCCGAUUGCCUCCCAACGACCUGUGCGCUCCCACAGAGUGGGCCUCCUCAGGGUGCCGUCGACCAAACAAUGUAGGUUGGCGGCCCCCAGGGGGAGGGCCUUCUCUGUGGCGGCACCAGCCCUGUGGAACGAGCUCCCUCCAGGAUUACGACAACUACCCGACCUCCGGACCUUCAGACGGGAACUGAAGACUAUUGUUUCAGCGUGCAGGACUAGCCUAAGAUAAAAGGUUUUAGCAUAUUUUAAUGGGGUUUUUAUAGGUUUUUUAUUUUUUAGUGACCAGGCCAUGAUAUUAUCUAGUUUUAAUUGGGUUUUAAUGUGUAUUUAUUGUACUGUUUUAAUAUGCCUGUGAACCGCCCUGAGUCCUACGGGAGAUGGUGCGGUAUAUAAGUUCGAUUAAUAAAAUAAAAUAAAAUAAAAUAAAUAAAUAUAUACUGUUGUGACAAAUAAAUAAAUGAGGACCCAGAUUGUUGGGGGCAAUAAAAGUUGACUUUGUAUAUAAUAUACAAAUGAAUGAAGACUAUUGCUUAACACAGUGUAAGCCGCCCUGAGUCUUCGGAGAAGGGCGGGAUAUAAAUUUAAAAAAAAAAAGAAUUUUAUCCCCAGUUUUUAUGGAGUUGCACUGAAAAGAAGCAGAAAGUUAUUUUACUUUGGAAGAAUUGCUGCUGCUGCUGCUGCCAUUAGCAAAUUUGCAGUGACAAUUUAGCGAGUCGGUGUCUGUACAAAGC